AUGUUAGAACCAGAUAAUUUAGAUCCUCAAGAAGUUUUAAAUCAUCUAAAAGCUCUGGGCUUCAAUGAAAUCACAACUAAACAGUUAAACGAUUUUCUUCACGAUUUAAAAAAACUAAUUAAAUACGAACAAAAAUAUGGUUACAUUUCAUGUGGAGUUAGCACUACAUCAAAGUCACAUGACACUAGUUCAGUUUGUUCAUGUUCUGAAUUAGAAAGCACUGAAAAAUUAUCUAAUAACAAUUCUUUUACUAAUUCCAUUAUAUCUGAUUACUACUCAUUGCCAUCCUCUUGCAGUGACACUGCCCACGAAGAACUGAAUGAAUUUUCAAUUGAAUCUAAAGAAGAUGAAAAUGACAAAAGCACCAUAACCAAAGUUCAGCCUUCUUUUAUUCGUCCCUGGACACAAUCGGCUAGUAAAGAAAAUUCAUUUAAUAAUAGAAAAAAUUUAGAUCCAGUUAAAUUAUAUCACCAUUAUAAAGAAUUGUGGAAUCGUAACAAAAUACCUGGAAAAAGUAAUCACUCACAAUUACGUUGGUUCAUAAGAAACAAAAUGCUUGGACAAGAAUCUCAUACAAAAAUUAUUUGA